AAAAAAAACACGAGUUACGCACGCUUAAUUAUAACUCGCAGUUCGGGGAGCGUGUUAAGGCGAUAUGAGAAGUGAGAAAAAAUGUGUUCCAAGGCCCGUGGGAGCCAGGAUGUGUCCUCGUCGCUAACGAAUGCUCUCGAAUGCCCAAUCCGACUGAUAAUGGAGAUAAAUUUGACGCAGUUUCUUUCAGAGUUAGACGUACGAAUUUAUUCGGGAGUUUCAACAUUGGACGGAAGUUCCUGGACAAUCGGACCUCCAAAGUUCGUCGUUUUUCCAAAUGAGUUCAUGGCCAAACGAAUUUUGGAGAAACUGCUCCUCAAAAUCGUGGCUUAUUCGGACGAGAAAUCCCUCCAAAGUUUAAGGGGGCUCCUUAAAAAUGGUUUUGACAUGAAAUUCCUCGGAGCAUGAUUUAUAAAUGACACGAAAAUUGCAAUUUAUCGUGAUUCGGACUUUCCCAUGAAAAUUAUGAGCGUCCGUAAGGCCUGACGGGUCUCUCUCCUUUUGUGGGUCCUGAAAAACGUUCCUCAUUGAAACUCACGUGCGCAGGCUCGAACGAGUUUGCGAUACAUACCGAGUUUAACUGUUGCGAUUCACCGGGUAAUGGCGAGGAUCUAUAAGAGACCGAUCUGCCACGUAGCCCGGAGGGAAAUAUCGAUACGAACGCAUUCGCCACUCGAAAAUAAGCUUUCACGAUAUUUUUCCAAUAAAUCUUCGUUCGAGACUUUGAGCAUGAGAGGCAUUUUGCGCUGGAUCAACGAGCAGGCGAUUUUCCAUCCUCGCCGAUAUUUAUCGUCGACGUCAAAUCAAAUUUCGUCGUCGAAUGUUGCCUGCAAACGCUCCAAAGCUUUCGAGACUUUAAUGAAUUUCUUGAGUUUUUCGGAAUUUAAUAAAAAUUCAAGUGUUCGGAAGCGUCGACCGAAAUGCAAACUCGAAUGGGGGGACUGAAAUAUUUCCAAAUUUCAGUUCGUCUCAACGAGCAAUUUUAUUAUAAAUUUAUCAUAAAAAAUCAAACUUCAAAAUCCUUAAGUCUUUGAGAAAACCGAAGGAACGUUUGUCAGCCUGAUAAAAAAUUCAUUGCAAUAUUUCCGGACGAACUUUCGAGCUCGAACGGCCCGUGUAACCGCCGCGCGUAUCUUUUUAUCGGGCAUUUCAUUUGCCAAACAAUUGCAUAAUGAUUCACGAAAAUGAUCGAGUCGGGGGAGUUAUUCCGUGCGGGAUUUUUCGCGAAGGGGAUAAUGCGGCUAAGUAGAACAGCUCCGAGCUUCGAGCGUUACCGUUUACGAUCGAAUAACCAGCGAUUACGCUCUUUUCAUGCGUACGAGAAAUACGUACGCGUAUUUCGUGCGGAGGCUUCGUAAAUGGAUUUAUCGUUGAAAAAUAUUCAUGCGGAGAUUAAAAGCUGACAUUUCGUGAAUCGCGGAGUAAUCUCGAGGCACUUUUUCAACGCGGGCCUAAAUUAAUUGCUCUCGUUCGGAAACAAUCGAUCCCAAUUCCUUUGGAGGAUCAAACGUCACGUUUCUCAUCCGAUCGGUGCUCAAUUCGUCGAUUUCGAAAAGUUUUUCUAAACGGAAGCAAUUGCGGAUGGAAUUUCGUGCGAGCAACUGACUUGACUCCAAUUUUUCGGAAACGAACACGAAAGACUCACUGUUCGGUGAUGAGUCAACGAAUUCGGGAAGGUGAAUAUAAAAAGGGGGAAAACGGAAGACCUAAAAGUGUGAAAAACUCGUUUUUUUUGGCACCAAAUUUCCUGCUCGAUAUUUCCAAAACAAAAAAAACGACCCGAGGCUCGCCAUAUUUCGUGAAAAUAAAAGCCGCCUGAAUUUCCCGGAAUAUAAAAAGAAAAACGUGCCGGUAAGAAGAAAAUUGAAAAUAUUUGCCAUUCUACAAUUGCCUCGAAUUUACUCAGUAAAUAAAACUCAUUCGAGCGAGCGAAAAUCGGUCGAAAUUCGUACCCCGAUUGAAAACGACAUGCCCGGGGUCGAGACAUCUGCUUCGGUUUGCCGCAAGCGGCGUAAAUACCGAAGAAAUACAAUUUAUGCACCGGGCCCCAUUCGACUCGGAUUUCGUGAAGGAAAAGGCUCCGCAGCGAUCAUCUGUGCGGCACAACACAAUAACAAGAGCAUUGAACAUCCUGAGGACGAAUUUUCGUACAAUGAAAAAUGACAGCUCGGUGGGCGCGGUGAGCAGACUUUUCUCAUGUUCUUUCUUCUCUCAUUUUUAGCUCAACGCUGUGGCAGGAAGAACGGAUCUGUCAAAAUAAAUUCUGGAGGGUGCGCGCUCCGACGAUUGAUGCGCAUUUGCCGAUGAUUCCUCGGCAAUUAAAUCCCAAUGACAAAAAUUAUUACGACAGUCAUCGAAAAUAUUAAAUUUUCGGAGGCAAAUUUGGGGUCCUUGAGAAGGAAAAAAUAGCGAACUUUUAUUCGAAAUUCGUCGAGUCGUUCCUCGACUCUCGUUUCCCAUUAUUUCGCGCAGGUUUCCACCCUCGAAAUAAUAAAAACAACGGAGAAUUAUUUGUGGGUCAAUCUCCGUCGGUCAAUGACUCACUGCGUUUCAUUCGCUGCGUCCAUAUUCAUACAUUUUUAGCGGAGUUUGAGUUGCGUGGCUUGGGUGCGGCGUUUUGCAGGCCGAAAGUGAGGACGCCCCGCUCAUCUCUUACAACGGAAAAGGCACAUCCCGUGCCUUGUCAAGUGACAACGACAUUUGACGAUACAACGCUCUCUUUCUCUUUUUGCUGUCGGUGCGUGCGAGCAAACGAGCGCGAGGUCGAGGUUCCUCACCCAUCCGGCCGAAAUCACGAUCUCAUAUCUAUCGAAAGCCAUUUGAUUUUGAGCCUGGCCCUGCCGCGGGCCGAUGCUUUCAACAAUUAUUUUAUUCGCUGCGUUAACGAAAGAGUUUCUCAGCGAUUUCGCUCUCGAAACGUUUUCGAAUUGGAGCUGAAGUUGGAAAUUUUCUCGAGACUUUUGCCGAGCCUGAUGCCCGAGAUUUUUUAGUCAUUUGGCACUGUCUCGUGCGACAUGUGGCCGGCUCAUUGGGUUACGAGAUCCGAAGUGUUUUUUCAAAGGCUUUUUAGCCGGUUCAUAGCUGAGAGGCUCGCACAUGAAAAAGGUAGACGCGAAGCGCGGCGCCGAGAGCUACUAAAAACGUCAGCAAGCAAGGAACGUGCUUAAACGACGUUUCGUAAUGCUUUUAUUACGUUUUUUCUACUCCAUCGAUCCCCGAACGAGCGAGAGAUCGUAAAUAAAAAUCGUACAAAGAAACGUAUGAAUAUAUGCGUCGUGGAAAAAUGAAAGAAAUUUGAAAGCAAUCAGAGAUGCAGAUUCGAGGCACCGCGGCUAUUCUUCUGCGGACUUGCACCUCGAGAUCGAUCCCACUCCACUCGAAGCGUUAAAAGUGAGGAAAAAAAUUCUUUCUCCAGUACAUUCGAGCCAACGAAAUGGUUUAUAUAUAGAGCUCUUCAUACCCACAUCGGUAUCAGCUCGAAAUGAAACCAAGGUCGUAAACACACUUCUCAACGGAUUAUCAGGACAUUUUUAUCCCACGAGAUUCGCUCGUUAAAAUUUCAUCCCUGAUUUUCGGCGGUCUUUUCCUCCUCGCCGUCCCAUCCCGCUCAGGCUCCCGGAGACCUGGCUAAUUUUCAUAUAUUUAAUCCUCUUUGCGUUCACGGGACGAAUCCGACUUUUCCGGAAGUCAUUUAAACAAAUAUUUUUCAUAUUUUCGAGCCUCCCAGGCUUGGCAGCUUCCUUUCGCGUCGUUUUUCAGAAAGGAAAUUAGACCGAGAUCGAAUUUUCGGUGGAACACUGAAAAAUUUCGCGUAUUUCGCGGUUGAGUCGAAAACGUUUUGGUGCGCGGUCGAACAAUUUGGUCGAAAGUAUUCAAAAUAAUGUUCGAAGCUUUUACCCAAAUUUCGCUUUGAGCCCACCCGUUUUCGCGUCCCCCAUACAGGGACGAAACGACAGUUUUAUGGAGUCCCUGCUUCGUUCACCAGCGCUGCUCCCAGCAAGCGAUUUGUACACGCAUGAAAAGCCUCGAUACUUUUAUUCGAGAUUGAAAAUCUGGAGAAUGAGGAAAAGCAGAGAAUUGGGUUUCCACAGAGCUGCGAUAAACCUGGAAAAGGAGGGGGCCGGAGGGGGCGAAUUCGUGGAGGGGAGCUCGAGGAUUCCACCUCUUGGUGAAAAGCCCAGCGCUCUUCUUGAACCGGUGGUCUCUAUAUAUUGGCUCGGGUCUCCCACGCCCUAUCCACUAUCAUUCUCGUUGCGGUAGCCUUCGCGGCCGGUUCUCGUCCGCUCCUCGCUCUCGUUCGCUUCGCACGCGUGCUCUUUCUCCGCGAUAUCUGCUCGACACGUGCUCCAACGUCGUUGAUGCUGGAGCAUCGCUGAUCGAUGAAAAACGAAUAAAAAUCGAAGAAUUUACCUCCGAAAAUCGAGUUCGCAAGUUCCUCUUAUCGAAUUUCAUUUUAAUCUCAUUUUAUGAGAUCAAACACCGACGCGAACGCGAUGUGGACUGUUCAGUGCGGUCGCAUUUUCUAAUGUAAACAGCGGCUUCGUGCUCCGCCAAAAAUUCCUCUCGCAGGAUUCAUCUUCGCGGGGCUUUUGAUUUCCGAUGCAUUGCGUUUAGUGUGCGAAUUCCAUACGCGGCUGUGGGGCUCCGCGAUCAGUGUUCGCACGCUCUCGUAUCGCGGCGAUUAACGCUCGGACGAGUCGAUCGACGGAUCCGCCAAAUUCAAGCGCUUCUCUCCGCCUCAUUUGUUAUCGCUCGAACCAAAGCGAAAAAUUAGUCGAAGCCUGUCGAGUCUGUACGUCGGUCUUUUUGCCACCGAUUGAAGGAGAAGUUGCUCGUGCACGGGACGAUUCGAUUGUCGGGUUGAUUCGGCAGAGGUUCGUCUUGCCGCGGAAUCGAACAACUCGAGCGAAGUCGAGGGGCGAGAGGAAAACGAGGGGGAAAUCGAAUUUUCCUUCCGAAAGUUCUUCGUGACACGUUUGACGUAAUCGUAAAAGUGGGAUUUUCGAUCUCGAGAUCGCGAUCGAAUCGCGUCCGGCGGAGUGACAAGUUCCAGUUGGCAGGUGGGACUGAGCGAUGGAAUAAGAAAGAAAGCUCCGGGCGACAGGAAGGGGAUAAAAAAGCGAGUGAAUUCGGAGCACGAUGCGCCGAAAACGGCGGAGUGAGGUCGCUUGAUCGUCGUCCAGCUUGACACGUCCGAGGACUGAAAAAUCUCGAUGAGGAAUCCGCCGUUGUUGAUUCACCGGACGUGCGCUUCGUCCCGUUGACGCGUUUCGAGAUGCCUGCGUUGCAACAUUCAGAGGACAGAGAGUCUCGGGAGGGGGAGGCACCGGAAGAUCGGUACGAAGGACGAGUCGACGAAGGCGCCCGGAAACGUCCAAGGACCAGGAUGAACGGGGGGUGCCUCAUCGCGAUCCUCGCUCUCUUCUCGACUCUCAGCUGCGCUCACGCUCAUCUCCCGGAUAAAUAUCCAAUCGAGGUCUAUCACAUGCUCCAGGAGCGAACGCAGUAUGGGAUCGGCAGCGAUAACCGAGUGAAGGGUAGUUGGGGUCCGUGGAGCUCGUGGAGCGAGUGUUCCCGGUCGUGCGGCACGGGGAUCCAGUCACAGGCGCGAGAAUGCGUCCCGGCCCGGGAGUCGCGCAGAAAACGGAGCCCUUUUAGUCCCGGAUCGGUGAAUGCGACGAAUUUGGAACGAGCCAUUUGCAUCGGCACUUACAAACGGUAUCACGUUUGCAACACUCAGGAAUGCAACGAAUUCCCGGACGACCCGAGAGCAGAACAGUGCGCGAGGUACAACAACAGGAUUUACAAGGGCCAGAGUUACUUGUGGGUGCCCUUUUUGAAUGCCCCCAAUCCCUGCGCACUCAACUGCCGAGCCGUCGGACAACGAUUUUACGCGACACUGGAACCGGCCGUGAUCGACGGGACGCCCUGCGAUGGUCCCAAUCUUCGGGGACACAGCACUGGAAUAGCGCUCGACAAAACCGAGCAGUGGCUCUGUGUCGCUGGACAAUGCAGGCCGGUCGGUUGCGACGGUGUCGUUGGCUCCGGGGCGACGCGUGACACUUGUGGCAUUUGCGGAGGUGUCGGGAAGAGCUGCAAGCUCUACGAGGGCAUUUUCAUGGAGCCGAUAUUAGCGAAAGGUCAUCAGCCGGUGACGACGAUACCCCGAGGAGCGAUGUCCUUGAACAUAUCCGAAUUACGUUCGAGUGCCAAUUAUUUAGCUUUGAGGACGGAAAACGGAAGCUACGUUUUAAACGGUCCCUGGUCGGUGAGUCCCAGUGGGACUUAUAAAGCUGCUGGCACGAGCAUAACUUAUCAGAGGGGCGACAGAACACGAAUGGAAAGUAUUCUCGCUGCAGGACCGCUCAAUGAAUCUCUCAAGCUGGAGAUCUCCUACCACGAGCUCAAUCCGGGUGUUCUUUACAAGUACAUGUUGCCACUGACGGAAGAACCGGACGACGGUGCAACGAUCGCUCCACCCCUUCGAGCUAUCGGCUCGAGCGAGCGUGGCAACGAGAUUCCUGAUACCGAUACGAGAUUAGUUCCGGCUCCCAAUGCUCGAAGGUCGUACAAAGCCCUCGAGGCGUCGCCGGACAAACGUAGAAGAAUCCAAACGAGUGUCGAAAAGCCAAAUAGGAAGAAAGAAGACAUGAAAUAUUCGCCGACUACUGUGAUGGCCGGUGACGCACCGAAAGCGAACACAUCGGAGAAUAAAAAGAGGAAUAGAAAGGGGCGAAAGAAAUUCAUUUGGAGAGUGAUGGGCACGAGUCCGUGUUCGAAAACGUGCGGAGGAGGCCUGCAGACUUCCAUAUUGAAGUGCGUACGACUCGCCAAAGGGAUCCCGGCCAACGAAAGACGUUGUCGGAAUAUCGAGAAACCACGAAUCCCACCUCCUUUGCGGUGCAACGAUCGCCCUUGUCCAGCAAGAUGGAAGGCCAAACCAUGGAGCGAUUGUUCAGUGACUUGUGGCACCGGUACAAAAACACGAAAACUCGAGUGCGUGCAAGAGUUGAACGCGAAAUUAACGAUGCGGGUCGCUGCAGGCGCUUGUGUCCAGCCACCGGAUCUCAGGACGGUUGAAAGUUGCACGAGGCAAGCGUGUCCAAAUGUCUCUAUUCCGGAAGUGAGGAGCCUUCAAAUGGAGUCGCCACCAUGGGAAACCGGUCCAUGGAGCUCGUGUUCGACUUCCUGUGGUCGAGGCAUAAAAACUCGAAGAGUUACAUGUGCCGGAGAAAAAUGUUUUCCGACUGAAAAACCUGAGACGGAACAGGAUUGCGAGAUACAAUCCUGCGACUCGAAGGACGAGAAAAGCAAUCAUGUUUGGAUGUACUCGGAAUGGUCGUCCAAGUGCUCUGCAAGGUGCGGGAACGGUUCCGUCACUCGGCAUCUAGUUUGCAGCCAUACGAACGAAAUUCUUUGCAACUCGAAGCCGAAACCGGAAGUUCGCAGAGAUUGUACGAGUAACGAAUCUUCCUGCGGUGCAGCAGAGUGGUUUGCAGGUCCUUGGUCUCCGUGCGCCGUGAGUUGCGGCUCGGGAGAACAAGUUCGUGACGUAAUUUGCGUGAAGAAGAUAGGAAACGAGUCGAGAAUCGUUUCGGACGAAAAUUGCGUCUCAACGAGGCCAGAGAUUUCGAAAAUUUGUAAAAUGCCCGACUGUUCCGCGGAAUGGUUUACUUCUGAUUGGAGUGAGUGCACUGCAAAGUGUGGAGGCGGGACACGAAACCGACUGGUUCGUUGUACGUUGGAAAAAGCCAUGGCAACGACUUGCGAGAAGGAAAAGAAGCCUGCGGAUACGCAGAGGUGUAAUUUGGAGGCGUGCAGAAAUAAAUCUCAUCAUGUCGCGAGCAGAGUACCCAAAAAAGUGCACGCAACUGGAAAAUGCGUCGACGACUAUCCAAAUUGCAAAUUAGUUGUAAAAACAGGACUGUGCCGUAUAAAAUAUUAUAAACAUUCGUGCUGUGGCUGUCGCGAAUGAGUCACGAUAAAAAGAUUUGUAGAACGAUGAUACGAGAACACGGCCCACGUAAUCGUAGAUGAAUUUAUUGUAUAAAAAAGCCAGCUCGUAAUACAAUGAUAAAUGUCUUAUAUAAAUAGAAAAAUUGAUAAGAAUUAUUAUCCAAUUUUUCUUGCAUUGAAGUCGCGCGAACGUAAUAACGAAUAUUUAUUUUAAGCAA